GAGGACGAAGAGCGUCUGACGGCUUUGCGUUCGGAUCGAGAAUCAUCACCAACAGGCAGUUUGGUCCUAUAGGUCUUUGUUGUCUCCGAAUUUCGACAUUUUGAAGUAUCCUGCGUUACUCUCGGUACAUCAACCCUGCAGUUGACGUGGGUACGCAUUUUGUCAUCGCAGCAUGGCCCCAAACAUGAUCUUGAAUCUUCAAUAUCUUCCGAAGCCACAGUCCAUCGGAUUCAACCCUCAAACAGCAUGGCGCAUCCUCAUGACACUCGGAAACCCAGAGCAUAGCCCCAUCCACCGCUGGGCGCCUGACCCGAUCCAGGCGUCUCCCCAUCUUGUUCGACCACGUCCACUCAACCCGCCACGCUGGAUAUCAGAGGUCCCGUAAACCAUGCAGGAAUACAUGCAUUAGCAUAUUGGUUCUGCGGGUCACCCCCAUGUUGGGUGUGGCCUCCACGCAACGUGGGUGGCCGGCCAAGUUACUUCACCCACAGUCUUAUAUCCUCCACCCGGCACGCGUCGACCCGUUAUUCCCUCUGCUACAUACACAGAACUUCAUAUCACGGAGUGACGAUUUCUCUGCGACGUUGCUCGCUCGAGUCUCACGCAAAAACAUGGCUCAAGCAAGGAGAAUGCCCUGAGUCGUCAACACCGUAUUACUCGUUUCACACCACCUUAGCCGGCCAUGCCAUAACCACCUGGUCGAUACCCUGACAGGGCAUUCCGCAUCAACAAGACUACUUCGCAAGUCGAGCCCCUGGUAGCUCUCCAUACAGGCUGCCAUGGCCGUCUUAUCACAGUACGAUUAUAUCUUUGCUCUCUGCACCAUCUUUUCCUUUCUCGACGCCUGGAACAUCGGAGCAAACGAUGUCGCCAACUCCUUUGCAACGUCCGUGUCUUCACGGUCGUUGACGAUGAAGCAGGCCAUGAUGAUUGCAUCGGUCAUGGAGUUUAGCGGAUCUGUUGCCGUCGGAUCGAGGGUCACCGACACGAUCCGCACCAGGAUCAUUGACCCCCAUCUGUAUGACGAAUACCCCAGCGUCCUCCUGCUAGCCAUGACAUGCACCAUUGUCGCCUCCUCCGUUUUUCUUACUUUUGCCACGAGGCACGGGUUUCCCGUCUCCACGACGCAUUCUCUCAUUGGAGGCCUUGUAGGUGCCGCAACAGCCUCUGUCGGCAUUGAGAAGAUCAAUUGGUCCAUUCGGGGCGUUUCGCAAGUUUUUGCUGCUUGGGUCAUUGCGCCAGGAAUCUCGGGCACGAUAGGCGCCUGUCUCUUCCUCUUCACCAAGCACAUUAUCCUGACGAGGCAGAAUGCGCCGCGGAAAGCAUUCUACACGAUUCCCAUCUACACCUUCGUCACGAUAGGUGCUAUCACGAUGCUUAUAUCCUGGAAAGGGGUGCAAACGCGUGUCGACCUCACGACGAAGCAAAUCCUCAAGGCAGUCUUCAUCACUGCUGGCGGAGCCACCGCUCUGCAAGCCUUCUUCUUCCUGCCAUUCAUCUGGCGCAAAGUCAUGACGGAAGACUGGCAGCUACGCUGGUGGAUGAUAUGGCGUGGCCCGUGGCUGUUAUACAUGCCGCUGCCUCCGCCGCCCCCGGCUGGCGUGUCCCGCCUCAACAUUAAAGAUUAUUAUCGCGGCCACCUCACUGCCGAAGAGCUGGCCUACAUGCGUGCCUCGGAAUCUCUCCUCAGCUCGGUUCAGAUGAGCAGCAACGCCUCGGAACUCGACAAGGACGACGACUGCUCUCAGCGCCACAUACUCCCUCCGCCCGCCCUUCCCCUGCCGGGCAGCGCUCCCGCGAACCACAACGAGCUCACGCGCGCUCGCACGGCCAACGACGAGCUCAUCCCGCCACGCCCGCCGGGGCCCUGGAACUCGCUCCGCGUCCUCGGCUGGCGCGUCAACCGCGUGCUCCUCCGCGGCCUCGAAAAGGACGUCAUCGCCAUGCAGCAGCGCAAGUCCAUCCUGACGUGGCACAUUGAAGACAUGCACGCGCGCGCCGCGCACUACGACAACCGCGCCGAGUACAUGUACUCGGCGCUCCAGGUCCUCACGGCGUCGGCGGCGAGCUUCAUCCACGGCGCCCACGACGUCAGCAACUCGAUCGGCCCGUUCACGACGGCCUGGUACGUCUGGCGCACCGGCGACGUGCCGGACGCGGUGGGCGUCCCCGUCUGGAUCCUGGCGUUCGGCGGCGCGGCCAUUGUGCUGGGUCUCUUGACCUAUGGCUACCACGUCAUGCGCAACCUCGGCAACAGGCUGACGCUCAUCUCGCCGAGCCGGGGGUUCUGCAUGGAGCUCGCGAGCGCCGUGACCGUGCUGAUUGCCACGCGGUUGAGGCUGCCCAUAUCCACGACGCAAUCCAUCGCCGGCGCAACGGUGGGUGUCGGACUCGCGAAUGGAGACUGGCGAUGCAUCAACCCACGUCUUGUGGCGUGGAUCUACUUUGGGUGGGCGGUCACCGUUCCGGUAACUGCUCUGAUGAGUGGGUGUCUCAUGGCGUUGAUCUUGAAUGCCCCCCGCAUGACGCCGGCGACGUGA